CCUCUAGCUGGGUCCUUCAGUCUUACCUCUCUUACCUCGACUUGACUUUUGUUUAUGUUUAUGCCUGAAAGAGUUCAACAUGUCGGCGGUAACGCUGCUCCUGUCUUUCAUGUUGUUCGGGGAGCUUCUUGCGCUGUCAGGGAACUUCUGGCACAUCACGGACCUGCACUGGGACCCAUCGUACGAACUAAAGGAGAGCCCGGAGCGGGUGUGCGCGUCCAGCGGUAAUCGACCUGCAGCCCACGCGGGGACGUACGGAGCCUAUGACUGUGACUCGCCGUGGCACCUGAUCAACUCCUCUAUUUACGCUAUGAAGGAGAUUUUACCAAAUCCAGACUUCAUCGUAUGGACAGGAGAUGACACACCACACGUAUCCGAUGAGGAUCUGGGGGAGGAGAAAGUGCUCCACAUUAUCAGCAACCUCACUGACAUUAUGAAGCAGGUUUUCCCAAACACUAAAGUGUACUCUGCCCUGGGAAACCAUGACUACCACCCUAAGAGCCAGCUUCCUGCAGGUCCAAACUACAUUUAUAACAAAACAGCAGACAUGUGGCAGGACUGGCUGGACCCAGAGUCCCGCAGAACUUUUAAAGAAGGUGGAUAUUACACAGAGAGGCUGCUGAAUCGAACAGGUUAUAGGGCACUGAUCCUGAACACUAACUUAUACUAUGACCAGAACAGGCUGAAUCUGGACAUAAGCGACCCAGCAGGUCAGUUUAGCUGGGCGGACCGGGUCCUUACAGAGGCAGCCAACAACAACGAAAAGGUGUACAUAAUUGGCCAUGUUCCCCCAGGCGUCUUUGAGAAGAAGAGAAGUAAAUCCUGGUUCACUCCAAAGUUCAACCAGAGAUACAUGGAGUUGGUUCAGAAGCACCAUUCCGUCAUCCUCGGCCAGUUCUUUGGUCAUCAUCAUACCGACAGCUUCCGCAUGUUUUACAACCCAGAAGGGUCUCCUAUCAGUGCAAUGUUUAUUUCCCCGGGGGUCACACCCUGGAAGACAACACUUCCUGGAGUCAAGGAUGGAGGAAACAACCCUGGCAUUCGUGUUUUUGAAUACGACACACAAACACUUCUGGUCCAAGAUGUGGUGACCUACUACCUGAACCUGACUCGUGCUAAUGUGGCGCGUGGACAGUGGGAGAAGGAGUACCGCCUCACAGAAAGCUUCCGGGUGCCUGAUGCCUCCCCGUCCUCCCUGCACCAGGCUCUGGAGCGCAUCGCCAACAGCAACUGCUACCUGCAGAAGUACUACGAGCUCAACUCGGUCAGCUACGACCUGACGGAGUGUAACAGUGACUGCCGUGUGGAUCAUGUGUGUGCAGCCAGAGCGGUCGACUUCUCAAUGUACGAACGCUGUCUGGAAAAGGAAGGAGCCGUCGCUAUUCAUGCAGGGUUGCCGCCAGUCCUCUCUGUGGCUUUAGGCCUGGUUGUGGCCAGUCUGCAAUGAUCAUCUCGAUAUA